CAAGAUGGUUGUUAGCUAGCUAGCUAUCAUGGGGAUUUAAGCAAAACUCCAAGUCUGUCAUUGGAACACUAUAGCUAGUUAACGUUAAAUCAGGGAGGAAAACCUGACAGAUCUGACCUUAUAUUUUGAAGACUGAGGAAACCGAGGACGAAACAAGAAACCAAGACAAUGAAGCAAUUUCUGGCCUGAGCACAGUCUCCCGUGCCUGUGAGGAUGGACAGGUUCUUCAGGGCAGCCGUGUGCGACUUGGACAGGCUCCUGGAUGACUUUGAGCAGAAUGCAGAAGAGCUCAACUGCAGAGCAACAGCAGCAAUACCGUGUUCCUCCGUCUUCCCAGGCCCAUCCCACAAUUCUCAGUGCUUCGUUCCUGAAACUUCUUCGCCACCCAGUGCUGUCCCUGACGUGAACUCCUUGAGGUACGGCUCCUCGGUGACAUACUCUGAUCCCGUGCCAACCUGCAGCCUCUACCCCGGAGAAGAGGAGGCGGAGGGGAAGCGUCUGACGGGCGUUGACCUCCUCUCCUCCGUUGACUGCAGGACGGCUAACGGCAGCGUGCCACCCUGCCCCGACGGGGCCCAAAAGCCUGUGUGUGACCUGGUGAGUGACACUGGCCCCUCACUCCUGUUCCAAGCCAACGGCCAUGACGCCUUCAAGGAGCUGGACAUUGCUGAAAGACAGCUGCAGGAGGGGCUCCUGGUGGACUUUGACUCCCCGGUGGUGUCUCCGUCUGUGGACUCUCUGAAAACUGGAGAGAGUUGGCUGGGACAAGCGUCCCAAGAAGAGGGAAAUGGCCAUGCUGGCACUGAAGGGCAUUUGGCUUCCCUCGGCCUGCUCGAUAUCAUUCUGCCCACUGCAACUGCUGAAAGUGUUGGUGAACUUCAGGAUGUGGCCAGAGUGAGCCAAUCGGAAGCCUUGGGAUCUUCUGAGAGGGAUGAAGAGGUGGAGGAGGAGGAGAAGGUAGAGGUUCUCCAAAACGGUGAGCAUCUUGAGGCUGAUGGGGUGCCUCCCAGUGCAGAGGCUGUUAGCCUAGACCUUCAAGGCGAAGGUGUUGAGGAGAGGGACGGUGUGGUUGACACACCUGAACACAGAGGGGCAGAGGAGACAGGAGAGCAGAAAAGUGAUGAAGAGCAGCAGGAGCUGAACCAGGGCAGACGAUUGGGCCAUGGGGGCGGCUUGGACAGCCCAUCACCCAGCGCACCCUUGGAGGAUUCGUGUAUUCCCUCCUCAUGUCCUCCCAAAGAACCGGACUGCAUCCUAUCCUACCCCUCUGCUGCUGUGUCCAUGUGUGGCUCUCUCAUUGACUCUGCUGAGAGAAUGGGGAUGGGAGAAGAGGAGGAGGGCGUGGCCUCUGACCCCUGUUUAGUGGCAGACUCCUCUCUUACAGAGGUUCAGGUCCAGAGGGUUUUUUCUGUGGAUGAUGCUGUGAACAAUGUGAGCCAUGCUGGAGUCCUCGCUGCCCCUGAAAGCAAUGCAGAUGAAUCAGUCUCUGAAGCGUGCCCCAAAGUGACACCGGUUUCCCACCUCAACCCAACCCCCACAUCCCUUGAAACCCCCAAGGCCUGUUUGUCUCUGGUAGAAAAGGUGGAAUCGGAGGGGUCUUCGCCCCCAGAUGGGUCCCUGAGUCCUGAACCCUUGCCAGACUUCGCUUUCGUGGACGAUUCCCUGCCCGAAAGCGAGCGAGCACGUGUGCUGGUGACGGACGAGGACCUGGAUGGCUUCUUGAAGGAGCAGGCUGAGAGCGACACCUCAGGGAGGCCCGUGGAGAAGCACGCAGAUGAAGGGUUCUCAGAAAUGAACGGAGACCUGGAGGAAUCACGUGACUUGUCGCCAGAUUACAAGGACAGCAGUUUCGAGAAGAGGGAGUUUAGGAACGCCACAGGAUCAGACGCUGAAGGGUUUGAUGCAAAGCCUCCAUCAGAGGCGACGGGCGAUGAAGACUCCUACUUUUCCUCUCCUUCUCUGGACCAAAGCCCCUGUGAAGUGGAACUUUUGGACAGGAGCAACCAGGAGAAGGAGUCCUGUAGCUCUCCAGGCCAGGUGCGUCCUGUUGCCAGCCAGCACCCCUAUUUCGGAGGGGCGAGACCCAAGCAGCUUCAGUUCAGCCAGCCUCCUCAAAUGUCACCAACCAGGGAAUCUGACGGCCGUGAAAGGAGCGAGAACUUGGACGGUCCGGCGGUCAAUGAGGCCACAGCGAAUGAGGUCCACACUCCGCCCCCUGCUGCUGUCCUCGGUGGAGAUGUCUCCAGCCACAGCGCAACCAGCCCUAGUCACGCUCAUCAAGACCGCUACAAGAACAGCUUCUACUGUGAAGAGGUUUCAGAGCCCCCGCCCUCCCCCUGCACCCCGGAGGACACCGUGAGGGAGGAGACCGCCGCCCUGGACUGGCCAGUGAGUGACGACCAAGGUGUGGGGUCGAGACCGCCCUCCUGGGUGCCUGACUCAGAGGCUCCAAACUGCAUGAACUGCACGCAGAGGUUCACCUUCACCAGGAGGAGGCACCACUGCCGGGCUUGUGGCAAGGUGUACUGCACCACGUGCUGCGGCCGGAAGUGCCGGCUGAAGUACCUGGAGAGGACUGCCCGGGUCUGCGUCGUCUGCUACGAGACCAUUCACAGAGUCCAGGCCUUUGAGAGAAUGAUGAGCCCCACAGGCCCCAGCCCCAACCCCAACGUCCCGUCAGAGUACUGCUCCACCAUCCCGCCCAUGCAGCAGGCCCGCGCCUCCGGGACCCUCAACUCGCCCCCGCCCACCGUCAUGGUGCCCGUCUCCGUCCUCAAGCAGCCCGGCAGCGAGGGUUUCCCUCGAGAGCAGAGGCGUGUAUGGUUCGCCGACGGGCUUCUGCCGAACGGGGAACUCGCAGAUACCGCCAGACUCUCCACGGGGGGCAAGAGGGGCUCUCAAGAUCUCAGCUCUGUCACACUAGAUCCCCCAGUGGUUAAGAGCAAACUGGCCCCUCUUCCGGCGGAGACGCGCAGAGGCCGUGCAGAGGCAGCGGGGGCCCCGGGCAGGUCGGCGGGGGCCCCGGAGGGGGUGCCCCGCCCGCCAAUAAGCGGGCCCUGGGACUACAGCCUCCUGUGCAGGGUGGCGGGGUGUGUGGGGAAGGCCGGCAGCCUGCUGCCUGAGGACGAGGAGGGCCUGCCCCCUCUCCUCAUCAUCACGGAGGAGGACGGUGGAGCAGAUGUGCUAGUUGAAGAACGCCCCUCCCCCAACCAAAUCCUUCUCCUUCUAGAAGAAGGGGGGCCAUGCCCUUUGACCUUUGUCCUCAGUGCCAACCUGCUGGUCAACAUCAAACUGGUCUCCUAUUGUGGCAGGAAGUGCUGGUGCUUCAGCUCCAGUGGGCUACAAGGAGUGGGACAGCAGGAGUUGGUUUUUGUCAUCGUGUGCCUCCCAGAAGAGAACUCUGUCCCCAAAGACAUCUUCAGCCUGUAUGUCCGUAUUUAUCAGGACGCCCAGAGCGGGAGGUUUGUGGAGGACCUGGGGAGCGUAACAUUCACUGAGAGUUUUCUGGGAAGCAGGGAGCACGGCGGCUUCCUGUUCUUCGCCCCCACCCUCCAGCCCCUGGAGGGCCUCGCAGUGCCCCCCGCCCCCUUCCUGUGUGGGGUCCUGGUCCACAAACUGGAGGUACCCUGGGCCAAAGUGUUCCCCCUUCGCCUGCUGCUCCGACUAGGAGCCGAAUACAGCGCCUAUCCCAGCCCUCUGCUGAGCGUGAGGUCCCGCCGGGCCGUGUUCGGGGAGACGGGCCACACCAUCAUGAACUUGCUCGCUGAUCUCAGGAACUACCAGUACAGCCUGCCGGUGGUGGAAGGUCUGCACAUACACAUGGAGAUGGGCAACAGCUACAUCCACAUCCCCAAGGCAAAGGUCACUGAGAUGCUGAAAGUGGUGAACUCGGCCAAUGAGCAUGUGAUUAGUGUGGGCGCCAGUUUCAGCAGGGAGGCCGACUCCCACCUGGUCUGUUUCCAGAAUGACGAUGGGAACUACCAGACCCAAGCCAACAGCAUGCCGGGAACGACCAGGAAAGUGACAGGGGCCAGCUUUGUGGUGUUCAACGGGGCCCUAAAAGCCUCCUCAGGGUUCAUCGCCAAGUCCAGUAUUGUUGAAGACGGCCUGAUGGUUCAGAUCCCGCCGGACACCAUGGAGGCCCUGCGGCAGGCGAUUCGGGAGCAGAGGGACUUCCAGAUCCCCUGCGGUAGGGCUGACUCUGAGGAGGCACGGGAAAAUAUCAACGUAUGCUGGGUGGACCGACCGCUGCUCACCAACAGCGGAAUGUCCAGUCCUGUGGAUGGGAGGUCACUGGAGGGGGCCCUCAGGGUCCGGAUGGAGCAGGACGCAGAGUUCGAGAUGGACGGAAAGGUCAUCAAGUGCACUGAGGUGUUUUACCUGCUGAGGAACCCGGGUGGCUGCGUCUCGGCCGCGCCGCCCCCUGACGGACAGUUCCCCCGAGAGAUCGCCACGGCAGCCUGCGCCACUCUCUGCCCCAACCUCACCGUCCUGAAGGACAGUGGCAUCAACCGCCUCGCCCUCCGCGUCUCCGCAGACGCAGACAUGGUGGAGUACCAGGCAGGUUCGGGGGGCCGUCUCCUGCCCCAGCGCUACAUGAAUGAUCUGGACAGCUCCCUCAUCCCGGUGAUCCACGGGGGGAGUGCCAGCGUCCCGCAGGAGCCCACAGAGAUGGAGCUCACCUUCUACAUCACCGAGAUCCUCUGCUGAGCCCAGCUAUCCUGGGGGACGCAUUCACACAUUACGCCCAAGGGUGACGCCCUGCCAGGGUGGCCCACAUAGAGGCCGUGCAGGGAGGCUGGGGCCAGACAGGAAGGGCCUAAAGCCCCACACACUGACCAGAGGUCAGCCUGCAGGGGCACAGACGAGACUGCAUUGAGCUUCCUCACAUUAACCUGACUCUGAUGUUGCACAGAGGAGACACAGUUCUCCCCUACAAAACCUAACAGGGCUGGAGAGUGGAGAAUGUGUCUGACGUCUCGGUGGGUGGUGGGGAUUUCGCCUUUUGACAAACGUACAGCUGCAUUCACAGGAAAAUUCUGAGAAAGUAAUUCAAAUGUAGCCACUGUGCAAGCUGCUCACCUGCACUCAACAAUGAUUGUGUGGAACAGCGAAUCUAGCUUUUUACUUUUUAAACAUGUAAAACAAGGAUGUGAAUGUACACUUUAAAAUGGUAGAGGAUUUACAGAGAAGCUACAUACCAACUCUUUAUGAAUAUUUCCAUUAGUGUUGAGAUGCUGGGUAUCUUGUUCUGAAAUGCAAUCAAGACUGUCAUCAGCAUAUUACGUAAUGUGGUGGCAAGUUGUUAUUUAAGCCUGAUUUUAGAAAUAUUUUUAUGUACUGUUCUUUCUUCAGGUAAAAUACAAUAUUUAUUAUUAUGAUCGUGACAAAGAUGAUUAUUAUUACUAUUAUCAUUAGUUUUCCUGUUCUAAUAAUAGGGGCCUUGACACGCUUCUCAGUAUUGUUAUUUUUGUGAUUACUACAGAAAAUGUAAGCCUAAGAGAAAUUAUAUAAAGCUCUUCAUAAGGAGCUUGAAACCUAUUUUUGCAAAACAUCUGUGCAUUAAAGAAAAUGAAUAUUUUUGAUAGGAUGUGAAAUCAUUUUAAAGUUGCUGCAACCUUGCUCUUCAAGACAUAAACACUAUUUCACUUACACUGGGGUGCCCCCUAGUGACA